CCGCAUUAUUUAAUGCAAGUGAAUUUGGGAAGUGGUGAGAAUUCAGAUUUCUCUCUUGCUGGCUGUAGAUGAUGCUUGUUGGUAUCUGAACAAAUGGAGUUUGAUGAAGUUGCCGUUUACUUUAUAGAGGAGGAGUGGCGCUGUUUAACUGAAGAACAAAAACAGCUGUAUAAGGAGGUGAUGAUGGAGAAUUGGCAAACGCUUAGGACUCUGGGAUUCUUACAUGUGACGCCUUCCAUUGUCUCAAAGAUUGAGAGAGGAGAAGAUCCAUGCGUGUGCGCUCACCAGAAAAUCGACCUGGAGAAAACUCACUUAAAUACCAGCACAGGUAUAUUCACUGUGAAGAAUACUGUUGAUUAUCAGGACAUGGUUCUUAAUGCUUCCUUUUUUGAAGAUAAUAACCUUGGAAAAUACCACCAGGAACCAAAUCAUGUUAUGGAAAAUAUACUAACCAAAAUAAUUAAAACUGAAGACUUAAACCUAUUUGCAGAUGAACACUUCGACUAUAAAGAGACCGAAGAUAUUGAUUCAGAACAUGUAGCUAAUCAAGUUUUCACAUACAAGAAUUUAAAUGUUAAAGUGGAAAAAAACCAUGAUGACCUAUCAGCCAAUAAAUCAAAUUAUAACAACAUUGAAGAAAACCAAAAUGAAACAUUUAUAAGUAUGUAUACUGAUUAUUCAAAUUGGAAACGCAAAGAUCCAAAUUUAGGAUUGGUUAAAACCCAGUUAAUUGAUUUAGUAAUGAAAUCAUUUAUUUGUUCUCAGUGUGGGAAAAUGUUUUCCAGCAAGUCAAACCUUAAUAGUCAUGAGAGAACUCAUGAAGGGGGAAAACCAUUUAUUUGUCCUGAAUGUAAUAGACGUUUUAGCUUAAAGGGAAGUCUUGUAAGGCAUCUAAGAAUCCACACAGGGAAGAAACCAUUUGAAUGCUCAGAAUGUGGGAAAUGUUUUAAUCGGAGUGCAAAUCUUGUAACUCAUAAGCGAAUUCACUCCGGAGAAAAACCAUAUUCAUGCUCUGAAUGUGGUAAAAACUUUGGUCAUAAGGCAAAUCUUAUUCUGCAUGAGAAAAUACACAGAGGUGUAAAAGCAUUUGCAUGUUCAGAAUGUGAGAAGUGUUUUUUUGGUAAAUCAGAGCUAAUAGUACAUAAGAAAAAACAUACAAUAGAUAAGCAGUUUGUGUGUACUGAAUGUGGCAAAUGCUUUAUUCGUAAUAGUGAUCUUGUUGUACAUACAAGAGGGCACACAGGAGAAAAGCCAUAUGCGUGUUCUGAAUGUGGGAAAUGCUAUAUUAGUAAAUCAAACCUUGUCAUACAUAAGAGAACUCACACAGGAGAAAAACCAUACAUGUGCUCUAAAUGUGAGAAAUGUUACAGUCGUAGUUCUGAGCUUUUUAUACAUAACAGAACUCAUACAGGGGAAAAACCAUUUAUAUGUUCUGAAUGUGGGAGAGGAUUUAUCCGUCGUUCCCAUCUUUCGAGGCAUAAGGCAACUCAUUUUUCAGUUUAAUUAUUGUUUGAAAUUACAAACUCUUAAAUCUAAUAUACACAUGAAAAUGAAGAAAUUAAACAUAAAAAAAAUAAGUUAAAGCUGUUAAAAUGUAUACAGGAAAUUAAAGGGACAGUGCAUUGUAAAAUAUUUCUUCUCUUUAAUGUUUUCCCAAUGAUCAGUUUUACUUGCUGCAGUA